AUGAGCGCGUUCACGCCAAAACGCAAAGCAAAAGUGAUCAAAGUCCUCGACGAUGACGAAGAUGACACGAUCAAAGCCUCGCCGACAGGCCAAGAACCAGUGAAGGAUGGUGAGUCUGCAGCUCUCUUCCAAAGACCAUGCGCUGAUGCCAUUCGCAAGGCUAAUGGGUCUCUAGACGGUGAACCGAUAGCAGUGAAAUUUACGAGGAAACCAUUCCGCCAAUCCGGGUUGCGCAAGAGUAUCAACUUCAACGAGAUCGACGACUCGAAUGGCGGCGUUGCGAUCGGCACAGCCGCAAAAUCCAAACCCAAGGUCGCGGCACAGGAUGAUGAGGAAGACGAUGGGCCUGUGGUCAUCCGUCCCUCGGUCAGCCGUUCGAGCUCGCUGAAACAGAAGAAGCGCCAGUCCUCCUCGCGAUUGUCUUUUGGUGGCGCUGGAGGCGAUGGCGAAGAGGCGACAAAGUCGCAGUACACAACACCCAAGAAGUCUACCCUGGGCCACCAGGCGCUCGAGAACAGCGCGCUUAAGAACCGAUUGCCCAUGCGGUCAUUCCGCGACGAAGACGAAGAUCGUCCAAAGUAUAGCAAAGAGUACCUCAGCGAAUUACAAAACGAGACGCCGAAUACGCCGCAGAACCUGUCCACCCUGCGCAUGGAAGACGAAGACGGGAUGGAUCUGGACUCCUCCGAACUGGAAGGCGCGUUGAUAGUGAAUCAGGAUGACUUUGAAUCACGGCCGGCGCAGACAAAUAUUCUUACUGAGGUCGAGAUCCUGGAGCGAAAGCAGCGUCGAGCUCGGCUUGCGCAAGAGCAGGAUGGGGACUUUAUCUCUUUUGACGAUACCGAGGACGGCGGGACCUCUCUGCGGAAGAAAAAGACGGAAACACGUCUUGUGGCUGAGGAUGAAGAUCUGGGCGAAGGAUUCGACGACUUUGUCGAGGACGGAGGCUUGUCGCUGGGCAAGAGGGCCGAGAGGGAGGAGAAGCUACGCCGCAGGCGCGAGAUGGCGGAGCAGAUCAAGAUGGCCGAAGGAGAUUCGGGUGACGAGUCCGAUGCUUCGGAGGCGGAACGGCGCGCGGCUUUCGAGGCGGCACAGACAAGGUCGGGAAUGGACGGCCUGGAGAAGCCCGAGCGUAACCCCGCGGAGCAGCUCCUACAGGUCCCGCCCAAGAUCACGCCGCUACCUAGUCUGACGGAUUGUCUUUCGAGACUACAGACUACGAUGCGGGCAAUGGAGCUUGAGCUUGCCGAGAAGAAGAAGCGCGUGGAUGAGUUGAGACAGGAGAAGGAUGGUAUUAUGAUUAGGAAGGACGAGGUUCAGCAGUUGCUCAACGAAGCUGGGCAAAAGUACACUGCUGUCAUAGGCAACGGAGCGUCGGUCGAAUCCGCUACGCAGUCGCCAGCCAGGCAGAUCACGAAUGCCGGGGCGAGCGAAUUGAAGGUUGAAAGGGGCCUCGAAAGCCUGGGAACAACACCAAACGAACGCCCGAACGUGGGAGAAGUCGGUUAG